GGGCUGCCCGUGUGUCCCCCGAGGCACUAAGCCUGAGGCGGCUCUCGCUGCAGCCUUCAGGAGCGCCUUGAGUAGCUGAGGCUGCCCCUGGCAGUGCUACAGCGGCUUGUUCCUCAGAGCUGGGGGCCUGGGUGGUUUGUUGGGUUUUAAGUUCGUAAUGGAGGCGUAAUCUUUGGGUAGGGUUGCAUGGGAUGCAUGUAAGAAGGCAAUUAAGCUGUAGUUUAAAACGAUAAAGUCAUCUGAUGUUUCUAAAGUGUCUUCACCGAUCCAAUUAUGAAAAAAUGUUCAGAAAAGGAAAAAAACGACACAGCAGCAGCAGCUCACAAAGCAGUGAAAUCAGUACUAAAAGCAAGUCUGUAGAUUCCAGUCUUGGAGGACUUUCCAGGUCUAGUACUGUGGCUAGUCUAGAUACAGACUCCACAAAAAGUUCAGGACAAAGCAAUAGUAAUUCUGAUACAUGUGCAGAAUUCAGGGUUAAAUACGUUGGUGCCAUUGAAAAGUUGAAAUGUAACGAGAGCAAAAAUCUAGAAGGGCCAUUGGACUUGAUAAACUACAUAGAUGUUGCCCAGCAAGAUGGAAAGUUACCUUUUGUUCCAGGUGAAGAGGAGUUUAUAAUGGGAGUUUCCAAAUACGGCAUUAAAGUUUCAACAUCUGAUCAGUAUGAUGUGUUACACAGGCAUGCCCUCUACUUAAUCGUACGGAUGGUCUGCUAUGAUGACGGUCUGGGAGCAGGGAAGAGUUUACUGGCUUUGAAGACGACAGAUGCAGCCUCUGAAGAAUGCAGCCUCUGGGUUUAUCAGUGCAAUAGUUUGGAACAAGCACAAGCUAUUUGCAAAGUGUUAUCUACAGCCUUUGAUUCAGUAUUAAUGUCGGAGAAGUCCUGAUUUUCUUCAGCAGCACAUGACCGUGUAGUACAAGAGGCCUUUGUGUGAGGAAGAAACGGGGCUCCUUUGUGAUACCACAGACUGGCUGUAGCCACACACAAAUUUAGAAAAGACUUGCUGUGCAAAAAAGAGCCAUGCAACCUUGUACGUGGUACUUUGUCAUUCCCCAAACGUGACUUGAAGAAACUACUCCACCUUCAGUUUCCAGGACUACAAAAGUUUGUAUUUAACAUGAUAUUUUUUUGCUAAAUCUGUUUUGUAUGGUGAUGUCGAUACUGUAAAAAUGUAAAAUAAAACUGACACUUGCUUCUA